GCAGGGGGCCAGUAGCAAAAACACACUCUCCCCUCUCCUCGUCUCUGGCGUUUCUCUCCUGCGCAUUUCCAGUUCCAGUGCUCCGCCAUUUCCCCUCUCCCCCGCAACAGAUCUGCGCCACCGCCUCCACCUCUCGCCACCUCUCAUGGCGUCGCCGUCGGGGAACCCUAAUCCCUCCCCGAGCGCUCCCUUCGAGCUCGGUAUGCUUUUCCGACCUCCGCCAAACCCUAAUCUCCCCACCACCACCGGCGUCUUCCCUGGUGGCCCCGCCCCCGCCGCUGCAACGCAACCGCCGCCCACCGGGCCCUACUCCUACCCACCGGCCACCCCACCCUUCCGCCGCGGCCCCUAUCUCCACUACCCCAACGACCCCCACGGCUUCCAACUCCCCGCCGCCGCCGCCGCCGCCUUCGCGAACGCUAACCCCACUGCAAACCCUAUCCCGAACCCCGGCCCGAACCCGGGGGCCCGGCUGAUGCAGCUGCUGGGCAACACCGCUCCCACCCACCUCGAUUCUGCGGCGUCCAUGCCGCCGUCGUCGGAGUUCUCCGCGGCCCCGGCGGCGCCACUCCCGGCGACGUCGUCCGCGCCGCCGGCGAGGAUUCUCAGCAGCAAGAUGCCUCGUGGGAGGCUGCUGGGGGCCGGGGACCGGGCAGUGCACGAUGUUGACUGGCGGCUGCCCGGGGAGGCGGAGCCGCCGCAGCUGGAGGUGACGCCUAUCACCAAGUACACCUCGGACCCUGGCCUGGUGCUAGGCAGGCAGAUCGCCGUGAACCGGACGUACAUCGUGUAUGGGCUUAAGUUCGGUAACAUCCGUGUGCUCAACAUCAACACCGCGCUCCGCUCGCUCCUUCGUGGGCACACACAGAGGGUGACAGACAUGGCUUUCUUCGCAGAAGACGUCCACCGUUUAGCAAGUGCAAGUGUAGAUGGGCGGGUAUAUGUUUGGAAGAUUGACGAGGGACCUGAUGAGGAAAAUAAAUCACAAAUCACAGGGAAGAUUGAAAUUGCCAUCCAGAUUAUAGGAGAUGCUGAAACUUAUCAUCCGAGAAUAUGCUGGCAUUCUCAUAAGCAAGAGAUUCUGUAUGUUGGAAUUGGGAAUUGCAUCUUAAGAAUGGACAUAACGAAAGUGGGAAGAGGAAGAGACUUCGGUACAGUAGAGCCUCUGAAAUGCCCACUUGACAAGCUGAUUGAUGGUGUGAACAUGGUUGGUAAACAUGACAGAGACAUUACUGAUCUCUCCAUAUCUCAGUGGAUGACGACGCGUCUGGCUUCAGCAUCAAAAGAUGGCACGGUAAAAAUCUGGGAUGAUCGCAGGUCAGUCCUUCUGUCUGUGCUGAAACCACAUGAUGGUCAAGCAGUGUACUCGGUUUCUUUUCUUACGGCACCUGAACAGCCAAAUCAUAUAAAUCUCGUUACAGCAGGUCCUCUCAACCGAGAAGUAAAAAUUUGGGCCUCCACUAAUGAAGAAGGUUGGUUGUUGCCGAGUGACUCGGAGACAUGGAAAUGCACUCAAACGUUGGAACUUGUAAGUUCUCUGGAACAUAGGUCUGAGGAGGCAUUUUUCAACCAAGUUGCAGUGUUGCCGCAGGCUAGCCUUAUUUUGCUUGCAAAUGCCAAAAAGAAUGCUAUUUAUGCUGUGCAUGUUGAGUACGGCCCAGAUCCUGCUUCAACUCGGUUGGACUAUAUAGCAGAUUUUACAGUUACAAUGCCCAUUUUGAGUCUCACGGGAACACAUGAAACCCAAUCUGAUGGUGAACAAGCAGUUCAAGUUUACUGUGUCCAGACAAUGGCUAUCCAGCAAUAUGGGUUGGAGUUAUCACUCUGUCUGCCACCUACAGCUGAUAAUGCUGGACCUGGAAGAGACCCAGCUCUCUCUCAUGUAUAUGAGAGACCUCCAGAAAUGGCAGAUGUGGAGUCUUCUGCAGGAACUACUCCGAUUGAUUCUUCUAUUAUUGUUUUGACUAAACCAUCAAGUGAUAGUCAAGCCACAGAAGCUGAUUCUUCUCUAGAUGUUCCAUCUGUGGCUCCUACAUCAAAAAUGAAUCUUGCUGGAUCUCCAGUUGUCUUAAGUAGACACCCUUCAGGAGGUCCAUCUCAUGGUGAUCGUGAUGCGGACCAGUCAUCUAUUGGUAGAAAGGAUAGCUUUGGAAAGGAAGAGCCAGGUGGCCAGAGUGAUGGUAUAGCAAUUUCAAAUCCUCGUCCCAUGUUUCAGGUGGGAGGGCAUGCUACGCACUUGAUAACUCCAUCUGAAAUUAUUUCAGGUGUGCUCACUUCUACUGAAAAGGUUGCUAGUGUCAGCUCUCAGAAUGUAGAAGCGGAAGCAAAACAUAUGGAUGAGAGAAAAUCAAAUAAAAAAUUUGAACUUGAGGCUGUUAAGGAGACCCAAAUUCAUCCUGAGAAAAAGGCGAUACCUGACAAGAAUUCAGAGCAAACUGUAGACACAAUCAGUGAACGCACGAUAACAACUGACAAGUACAACAUAGAAGAUUCACAUCCUCUGUCUGAUAGAUCAGUACCCACGCUUUUGAAGCAGCCUUCUGGAGCUGGGGAGGAAAAUGUUGUGAAGAGAGCAACUGAAGCUCCUGAGAGAACUGAUGGCCCUUGUGCUUCAAGGGGCUUACAGUUACCCUCAGCUACCAAAGAAGGGAAAGUUCUACAUCCUCAAGUGUCUGGGCAAUUGUCUCCUUCUACAAGCACUUUCAACUCUACUGAUUCCUUGCAUGAACCUCGAAGCAAUACAAACCCUCCUACUGAUUCCUCCCUGCAAGCUACUGCUAUUCAAGGAACACUGCAACAGCUUGUGGCCAUGUAUAGUGACAUGCAAAAACAAUUGAGCACAAUUGUGUCUGCACCAAUUGCAAAGGAAGGCAAAAGAAUUGAGGCAUCACUAGGUCGAAACAUGGAGAAGUCCAUCAAGGCCAACAUUGAUGCCAUGUGGGCUCGUUUCCAGGAGGAAAAUGCAAGGCAUGAAAAGACAGAAAGAGAGCGAAUGCAGCAGAUGGCUACUCUAAUAGCAACUUCUGUAAACAAGGAUAUUCCUGUUAUGCUGGAGAAGUCUCUAAAGAAAGAAAUAUCUUCACUGGGACCUGCUGUUGCUCGGACAACAGCACCUAUCAUUGAGAAGUCCUUAUCUUCUGCUGUUUCUGAUUCACUUCAGAAAGUUCUGGGUGACAAGGUUGUGAAUCAGCUAGAUAAGUCUGUAAGCACAAAACUUGAAGCUAGUGUUGCUAGGCAGAUCCAAACACAGUUCCAUACAUCCGCCAAGCAGACACUUCAGGACACAUUUCGCUCUAGCUUUGAGUCAUCAGUUAUUCCGGCAUUUGAACAAUCAUGUAAGACGAUACUCGAGCAAGUAGAUGGUGCAUUCCAGAAGGGCAUGUCUGAGCACAGUGCUGCUAUCCAGCAGCAGGUUGUGACAGCAAAUACUCCAUUAGCUCAAACUCUAAGGGAAACAAUCACUUCGGUGUCAUCAGUAACCCAGGGUCUUACAUCAGAGUUACUGGAUGGCCAGCGCAAGCUUUUGUCACUAGUUGCAUCAGGGAGCCCAAUACUACAUAACGCAGGUGUUUUGCAGCCCAGUAAUGGACCAGUGACCGAUCUCCCUGAGGUUGAUGCUCCGUUGGACCCUCUGAAAGAGCUAGGCAGACUGAUUACUGAGCGGAAAUUUGAUGAGGCAUUUACAAUGGCUCUUCAAAGAAGCGACGUAUCCAUAGUUUCUUGGUUGUGUUCUCAGGUUGAUUUGCAAGCAUUAUGUGCAAGCGUUCCUAUCCCUCUAAACCAAGGGGUCCUCCUAGCCCUUUUUCAGCAGCUAGCAUGCGACAUUGCCAAUGACACAUCCCGGAAGCUUCAGUGGAUGACAAACGUCGCCGUGGCAAUCAAUCCAACAGAUCCAAUAAUCGCUAUGCAUGUGAGGCCAAUAUUCGAUCAAGUCUACAACGUCUUGGCGCACCAACGGUCACUGCCAACCACCAGUGCAUCGGAUGCGACGAAUAUCCGCCUAAUCAUGCAUGUGAUCACCUCAGUGCUGAUGAGCCGCUAGUGACGAUGGUAGGGCGUGUUCUGCACUUCACAUCUUUGUAUAUAGAAAAAUUUUGAAUGGCAAAUUGAACCGAAGAAAUGGAGCUUCUACAUUGAGGCCGACAGGCCAAGGACAGUACCCGUAGUUCGCAUAGUGGAUGGUGUCGUCCGGUGUAAAUUGGUCAUGUGCGACUUGGUACCGAGUUGCAUGUUGGGUUCAUUGUCUUGGAUGUUGGAUAUGUUCUAUGCAGCGUGAAGAUGUACUGCCUC